GGAAAGAGAAAAGCCUUGAUGCUUGUCGGUUUAAGUUGUAGCGAUAUUUGUCUUAGGUAAGGUGAGUCUCGGAAUAGGCCUAGCCUACCUACUAGACGUCAACGACACGUCAGUUUGAAAGUUUUCGAAUGCAGCGUGCUACAGCGGUUUUCGCAGACCGUCGUCACUGACAGUCGAGAGUUCGAAGCAAACGAGUGUCGAUGACAUGUGUCGACUGUAACAUCCAUACUCAUCGGCUGACUAGGAUGAAUGAGUAGAAUUUGUGACAGCUUGUGGUGCAGGGGGAAGCUCUAGAGUCUCUGCAGUCUCGUUGUUCAAGCUUGCAAGCGUUAGCAAGAGGGAAGACUCUUUCUAGGAACAUCGUGCUGUUGAUGUGUGAACAUGGCUCGUUGUAACAAUCGUGGACGACCUCAUCAAGUUUUGUUUUUCUGCGCAAACGCGUGCUCUGCUGGCUUCUGUCUAAUCCCUAUGUAACGGACCGAAACAGUCAGUUGUAAUCUUUGAGGCGAGUUGUCAGUUUUGAAGCAUCGAUGGAUGUCGUGCAUCUGUCUGUCAUUCUGUUCUGUCAGUUCGUCUUUACGCUGGCACUAGAGACAAGUUGCAGAUCAGAGAAUGUCUUGGGUGAUGAUCCGCUACUCAUUUAUCAACGGGCCGGUCAGGACGUAGUUAUAAAAUCUCGCGUUACCGUGGACAAAUGGCUAGCGAGACGAGGAAGCUCUAAGGCGACCAAUUCUCAGCUUGGUGCACAAGUCAAAGCUCUUCGAGAUAGGUUGAUGGUGUCAUCUAUCUCUCAAGUGUUUGAUGGUGCACAGUUUGGAUAUCAGACUUUAAACACCGAGUCUCCCCGUGCUUGGGCUACUGUGAAAGUUGGAAGUCUUCCAUCAAUCACUCCAGUGGAUCAGUUUUCAUCCAUUGUGAUUGAGAAUGGUGAGCGGCCAGAGAGGAUUUGUUUUAUAAUUGGUGGGAGACCAGAACCAUCAUUAAUCUUGAAGAAAGAUGGAGCAGAAGUGAAUGCUAGCGAAUACAAUAGAAAGAGCGACUGUAUUAGAUUUCAGCGAGUCUCAUUUGAUGACAGUGGAGACUACACUGUAGAAGUUUCUAAUUGCUUUGGGCAAGACUUCUUGGAAUUUAAUCUAACAGUCAAAGCUACUGCUGAGUCUUCCACUUCUUCAGUAAUGUAUCCUACUACAGCUACAUCUUCUAUUGUUUCUACAACAUUGGACUUGCCUACACAUUCUGGUGUAUCUCCUGGAACACACCAAACUAGAAAUCGCCCUACUAAGACAAAACUUGCUGGGACAUUGCCAACAGCAUCAUUUCUAGAUGCAACUAAACCGGGUCAAACAACGCCAGUCAUUGAUGGUAAUAUUGGAACUAAAGGCUUCAAGGGUGAACCUGGAGCUAAAGGUGCUAGUGGGCCACAAGGCUCUAAAGGCGAGCCAGGACUUGUUGGACCACAAGGUCCUGUUGGUCCACAGGGAAUGCCAGGACAGUCAGGUGGCCAGGGUGAGAAGGGAGACAAAGGAUCCAAGGGUGGCAAAGGGUCCAAGGGUGGCAAAGGGUCUCAAGGAAGAAUAGGGCCACCAGGAGAAUGCAGCUGUAAUCAAAAUGUAGGAUUUGUGGGAAGUACCACUGUUUCUACUGCCGAGCCAUCAAGUUCUUUACCAACAGUGCCUCCGUCUACCUUUGUUCCCUUUACACUGGUUGUGCGUCACAGUCAGAAUAUGGUUCCUCCUAAGUGUCCAAAUGACUUCAAGCAACUCUAUACUGGCUACUCUCUUGUUUUUACCCAAGGCUAUGGCAUGACCCUUGGUCAGGAUCUUGGUAAAACUGGUUCUUGUGUUCAACAGUUUACUACAGCACCUGCUCUUGCUUGCACUCGGGAUGAUUGUGACACAAUGUCCAGGACAGGCCAGCACAGCUAUUGGUUGGGCGUUUACAACCUUGAUCGGGCUCGGGAUAACACGUUUCUGCUUGGGAGGUGCUCAGUGUGUGAAGCUAAUUCUCUGCUCAUGACUAUCCACAGCCAGAGAAGCGUGCUACCUGAUUGCCCAGAAGGAUACGGCAGCUUGUGGGUGGGAUACAGUUUCUAUAUGGACGCAGGUGUGACGUGGAGGGGCACUGGACAGGACUUGUCGUCUCCAGGCUCUUGUUUAGAAAAGUUUGUUGCUGUGCCUUUUGUCGAAUGCAGUAGUAGUCGUUCUCGAUGUCGGCGUCAUAGCUCGGACAGAGGAUUCUGGUUGGCAGCUGUAGACGCAAACCAGAUGGUCUCCACAGUGAGCAGCGGAUCGACGCAACGUGUCAGUCGUUGUCGUGUUUGCUAUCGUCAGUGAUCGCACGGGAACUUGUUGAAUGCAAAUCAACGUUUGCUAUCAUGUGUUUGCACCAGCAAUUGAAUUAGCAUAUGUAACCAUAGUUCGCUAUGGCGAACUGUAUCACUCAGUCAAUUUCUGCAUUCGUGUCUGUAUACUAGACUCUCGAGUGUUGCAAGUAGUAGUAGACUAGCACUGCGAUAGUUUGAGUUCGAAUAAAACUUUAAAAUAAUUAGA